AUGUCUCGUACAGACUCGACAUCGUCCGGCCGAUCGCGAAGAGUGCACCGCAAGUCGAGAUUAGGCUGUGCCAAUUGCAAACUGCGCAGGGUCAAGUGUGACGAGUCAAAACCAGAGUGUAAACGAUGUGCUGCUUUUGGUGUCGCGUGCUGUUACAAGCCUGGGCUCUCCGUAAUGGAGCUGCCCUUUGUUAAGACCUUCAAGGUCGACACUGGGUACCUACCCCGACCUGUUACUCAACCACCAAUCACACUGCCACUCGCGCAAAAGGGGCGGGUGUAUCAGAUCCGUCCAACCGACAUGGAGCUGCUUGCCAAGUUCCGGCGGAUACCGAUAGCUACCAACCAUCCCGAGGCUAGGGCCCUUGCCUUCCAGAAUCUCAUGGUGAACCUAGCGCAUGUGCACCCCUGGUUCAUGCAUACGAUCCUUGCUGUAGUUCGCCUCUACAGCAUGGACAAUGACGGGCAAAUGGAUAGCCAGGACGCUGUCGCCCUUUCCUUUCACUUUGUCAACGGUAUUUCCCUGUUCAACGCCAGACUCUCUCCACCCCCCCAAAAUUCACUAGAGAAGGAUGCCCUAUGGGGGGCUGCCAUGAUGCUCGGUAUGGCUGCAUGCUCCGAUACUCGGGAAAUCUCUCCUGUGCAGCCUUGGCCGCUCACUCCAUCAUCCGCCCAAAGCCUCAGCUGGCUGGGUGUAGUCACCCGAAAGACAGUCGUCCACCGGCUUGCAAAUCCCUCCAGGCCUGAUAGCAUCUUCUGCAGCAUUCUCGCCGGCAUGUUCUCGUCACUAGAGUACCCCAACAGCGUUGGCCAGGAGGAACCCAAGCUCCCGGGUCUUCCUCGCAAGCUGGUGUGGCUUUGCCGACUGGACGAAACCUCCACCGUCGAGACCAAUCCGUACCAUGGACCGGCCACAGCCCUCGCCCGAGUCAUGCCCCUGGAGUGCGGGCGUAUGCAGAUGGGGAAGUUCUUGCCGUUCCUUGGCAGCUUUGAUGAGCGAUUCCUCGACUUGCUGUUUAACAGGGACUCGUGCGCUCUUUUGCUCUUGGCGUACUUCUACGCAAAGGUCUGGUCGCCAGAGCAGUGGUGGAUAUACCGCCGCGCACGAUACGAGGGCCCUGCCAUAUGCACGCUGCUGGAGAGUCGAUUCGCUGGAGACCCGGAGCUCCUUGCGCUGCUCGACUUUCCAAAGGCGGCGUUUGCCUCGCCGGCUGCUACUAGACCCGCGACUUGCGCAGUCUGA